GGAGCCGUUGAGUCAGUCAGCUGAGGGAGGAACUCCGACAACAGAAAGUCAACCAGGAAACCGAAGCUGCUAAACUGACCCACCGCCCCGGUGUGACGGUCAAACGGCAGUAUCCACAACAGGAAUCACACGGUUUAACAGUGUAGGAAGCGUAUUCGGUAAUUAAGUUCAUACAAAGCAGCGACAUGGCUUCCCUAUUCAAGAAGAAGACUGUCGACGACAUAAUCAAGGAGCAGGGAAGGGAGCUGCGUGGCACUCAGAGACAGAUCACCAGAGACAGAGCAGCGCUGGAGAAACAAGAGAAGCAAAUGGAGGCAGAAAUCAAGAAAAUGGCUAAGAGUGGUAACAGGGAGGCGUGUAAGAUUCUUGCCAAGCAGUUGGUCCAGCUGAGGAAGCAGAAGAACCGCACAUAUGCUGUCAGCUCCAAAGUCACAUCCAUGUCAACGCAGACAAAGGUCAUGAACUCCCAAAUGAAGAUGGCCGGCGCCAUGUCCACUACAGCCAAGACGAUGCAAGCAGUCAAUAAAAAGAUGGAUCCACAGAAGACCCUGAAGACCAUGCAGGACUUCCAGAAGGAGAACAUGAAGAUGGGCAUGACUGAGGAAAUGAUUAACGACACUUUGGAUGACAUCUUUGAUGAGUCUGGAGAUGAAGAGGAAUCUCAGGACAUUGUCAACCAGGUUCUGGAUGAGAUUGGCAUUGAGAUCUCAGGAAAGAUGGUGAGAGCUCCAGCUGCAGGAAAGAGCCUCCCCGGCGCCGCCGCCUCCUCCAAAUCAGCCACCAUCUCUGAUGAAGAGAUCGAGAGACAGCUCAAAGCCCUGGGAGUGGACUAAAUGUCUUCUGCGUUAUUAAUGUUCACAUUAGAAACCUGUGCAACAUUAAUACUGAUUGAAACAGACUCUUUCGGUUUUGUUCAAACGCUACAGGUGUAGCAAAUGGUGCACACCGACACACAGCAACACACACACAUAACACACAUUAAGACAUAUGAAGGCAUGCAGGCAGACAUUAUACUAACACAUACAUAUUCAGACGUUCUUCGGCAACAUCUGAUCUAUUUAUGCGAAAAAUAUUUAUUAUGACACUGGAGUGACCACAGCCGGAAGGUUGAGCGAUAACAGAUGUUUGACCUUAAGAGUUCUGAACCACCUACACUGUUGUUUACCACCCAACUCUGUCUUAAUAAGGGCUACAGUGGAUGAUGUGACCUCAAAACUAGAUUUUCCCGUCUGAUAUUUCAGUCUAUCCGCUCUCACACAACUGAAAUGAUCAUCAGUUUUAGAAAUGAGUAAAACGUGGUAAUUAAAAUGAGCUGAGGGGCUGUCAGUAACCACAUGGAACUUGUUUUCUUUUUUUUCCCUCCUCAGACAAUUUACCUGCGAUCAUUAUUGCUGGUGGUUAAUUAUCACCCAUCUGAUUCUCGUCCUUUGAGGCCAACAAUCCAUAUCUGAUAAUAAUAUCCCAGAGGUGUCAGAUAUGGACCGCAGAUAAUUAAUUGUGCAAAAAACAGUGAGAAAAUUGUCACUCUAGCUAAUUAAUUAUCAUGGUUUUUUUUUUUUGUAAUCCUUUAGGUACGCUACCAUAGAUACUGGAGACAACCAUAUGCAUGUUAAACGUUUAACUGACAUUGAUGCCUUUAGAGGAGGGUAAGGCCUUCACUUUACUUCAAAAUAAUGCAUGAGACGGCUGUUAAUUAGCGCCACCGAAGUUGUGUUGCUGUACAGAGAAAAUGUGAGAAAAUUUAAUCCAACACAAAUUAGGACUCAUGAGCGACUCGCAUAUCAAAGAGUUUUGGAUUGAUUCAUUGGAAACUACUGAGUAAUCAAAUUAGGUUUGUUGGGGGGAUUCUUGGUUGAUGUUUGCUUUCUGAUUGUGUAUUGUAUAUUGAACAUGGGAUUUACAGUGAUUGUAGGAUGGCACCGAUCCUGCAGUCUCUCUUCUCUUUCAGCUGCUGUGCAGUUACUGUCCUUUUAUUAUUUUUAAGCUGCCUCACUCAUAAACACACACACACACACACACACACACACACACACACACACACACUACAGCAGAAGUAUGAUGGAUGCAAUGUUUGCUAAAUCGACACUGUGAUCCGAGAGAUGUUUUCUCUUCCUCAAGGCUGAUUUAUUCGCGUCAGCCAGCUUCAUGGGAGUGACAGAGACAUAAUCUGAUGUCUUUGUCUUUUUCUCUGUCUCUGGCCUUUUGUUCCCGUUUUGAUUCCCAUUGCCAAAACAAAUCAGAAAUGUUUAAUUCUUGCAUGUAUCAUGUGACAUGCUCAACACAUUUUUUUUUCUCUCCUCUACCUUUUUAACAAGUCUGUGUGAUUGUGACCCCAAACACAGUUUUAACAGAUUUCGACAUUGUUUGAGUGCAGUUCCAUGGUUAGGAUGUUUCGACACUUUAUAAAAGGUGUAUGUAUCUUCCUCUUCUUUUCUUUAGUCAUUGUAAAGUGACUCUGUAUAGGGUUUAUGGCUUUUAUAAGGAAUAAAAUUUCUUCAGGUACAGUU